AUGUCACAUCCCAUGAGCCAUCCAGGGACCGCAUCACAUACCAUCACGGAAACGCAAAAGAUAUCCACGGCAACCUCAACUUCUGUCCCGAUAACAGUACAAGGGUCUGUUUUCACGUCGAUAUCUUUGGGUUCAUCUGAGGUACCCUCUUCUGGGCGCGCAUCAUCAGCAGUUCAAGAAACAUCAUCUGCUUCAGGAACUAAGUUUAGCGCGACCAUCUCGAGAACACAAAUAUCCUCAAAUCAUGCAGAGUCGUCGCGAUUAUCAAAUGUUCAGCCAUUAACAACGGCCUUCAGUGCCGAAAUACCCGCAUUGAGCACUGUUGCCACCACCUCAUCGUCGACUACGAGCUUCGAUGGGCCACUGGACGACACCCGAAGCGCCAUUCCAGUGCAUACGAUAUAUACGAUUGAGACACAACCGACUAUCCUUGCACUUCCAAAUCCGGGAUCACCAUCCUCGGGUGUUCUGAUGUCAUGGAAUCCACACGCUUCAUCGACCGACACAGACAUGGAAACAUCGAGCGUGAUCAUGCAUCCUAUGGUGACUUCUCUGACUGCCUCGUUGGGACCAGUCAUUCAUUUAGACUGGUCCAUUAGCCCACCUAGCUACACACCCCAGAGUUCGAUAUUCAACUCAGUCAGCACCGCGAGCCCCACUUCCACUCCAGAUGGUGCAACUCUGUCCGUCAACAUGUCACUGUCACAGGUUUCCAGCACCCCUACAGUCACACAACUACUAUCGCAUUCGUUCUUGAGCCUACCCGGCUAUUUGAGCUUGACCCCUACCGUAGCGGUUGUUGUUGACAGCAGUGACGCGUCCCCGCUCAUCAAUACAACCGUCUCAGUGGAUACUGUGACACCCAUCAGUAUCACAGUCCCAUCGAAACAAGCACACAAUGAAGGGAACUCGUUGGACCUACCAUUAUGGCCCCAUUCGAUGCUGAAUAGCAUUGCGACAGUCGAUCGCUCGCCCACACUCGCCCUCGAGACCCAUACUGGCUCGCUGACGCCUGCUCCUUCCGUCGUCGCCAGCUUUCAGACAGCCACUCCGUCUUAUCCGACUUCUUCAAUAACAAACAAUACUCUAGCUCCACUGGGUUCCUCUUCGAACGACGGCUUUUCAUCUACGAUAACUUCGUCAAUCCUGUCGUCUGUUCCGUUUUCCGUGAGCUCAACGACCAGUGGCAAUGAUCAAGUCUCGGAGUCGACCGCCCCCAGUUACUUCGCGGCUCCAACCAAGACAGCGAUAUUUGCCGUCAUCUCCACUUUCACUAACGCUACAGCUAUCCCCAGCUCAAGUAGUGAUCUUUGGCCGCGACCCAUCACCUCGACUGUUACCAUGGUCCCAGGAAACGAUACUGCAUCGUUCUCGAGAAGUCAUGCCACGCCUAUUCUGGGAACAAACAGCCAAGAAAAUAUGCCAGCGAGUACAUCAUAUCGAAGCGCGACCGAGACAAAUUCACCGCUCUCGUAUGGGCUCACUUUGUCAAUGCGAAAUACUCCUAGUUUUACUAUCAGUCAAAACUUGAGUACUUCAGUCACCAUUCAACCCACAAGCGUCUCGGAGGGGUCAUAUCAAUCGAGUGCUGUCUUCACUAGGCUAUCAACAAAUGGCUCGUAUACUCCCACGACAGUCUCCAUCUUUGUUCCACCUUUCCCCGCGAUUUCGACUUCCAGCAAAUUUGGCAUCAGUAGCUUUAUCACAAAAGCUUCCGGAUCAUCAACUCUUCCCACUUUCACUGCCAAAUCUACCACCCUAGCGACUCGCACGUCACUCAGCACUUUCGAGAUACGUACAAAGACACAAAGUUCUGGAUCGAGUACACGUACUGGCCUGAUACCACAGGAUAUUGCCGUCACCGCCACUGAGACCGCAUUCGCAGCUGCUGCACCUCCACUAAACACAUCGCAGACCGCAGGGGUUGCCCUGGGAAGUACCGCUGGAGUUCUCCUGGCUAUCGUUGCCGCACUCUUUGUUGCUCGCCGCUAUCAUGCUACGCAUGCAGUAAAACGAGCCUCCAAGUACAAUCCAGUGAUGAGUACAAAGGGAGGUCCAGGCAGCAGUCCAAACAUGAUGGCCCGACUGGUCCCUUUUGCAUCAAGGCGUAAGAGUGGGCGAUCUUCGAGAGUAUAUCUUGAAGAAGCGUAUCUGUACGAUCCCUCUCUUGGUGGAAAUAGUGGCAGAAACAGUGGAGAUGAUGAGGCUUGCAUGUCUGGUGGUACAGGCGGACUGCUAUCCCAUGGAAUCAGGCCUCCGCCUCCUGCACCACACACUUCUUUCGAAGACGAUCACCGCCCUAGCGUUUAUGACUACCUUCACAGUGGCCCUGGAACCCCACUAAGAAGCCCUGGCAACCCUUCCCUGAACUGGAGAAGUAGUGAUGCCAUUGGGAAACCACGCGACCAUGCUUCCGCGCUCUAUGCUGCAAUCGCGGAUUAUGGUGCUGGUCCUCAGAGACCCUUACCUCCUGUACCAAAGACCUCGUCAACGCGCGCCAUCCGCGAUCAUGUGAUUCCGUCUCCGACACUGAGUCCACUCAUCAACAACGAGUGCGAAUUACGUCGCAGCCAUGCUAGAUCGUCAAGCCGAAGCAGUGUCAGGAGCCAAAGGUCUUUGAGGAGUUUCCAUGCAUGUACUUCUCCGAAUCCUGCAUCGAAAGACUAUCCGCCGCUUUCGCCAUAUGGACGCAUUUCAGGACAAGGUUUGGGAUCUAUAAUAGAGGCUAGCUCCCGCGAGCCGUUCAUGUAUCCGGGAGAGCCUGAUCUCCCCUUGCGAGUUCUAAGGUCGGAAACACCAGACUCAGUGACGUUCUAUGCGCCUAUCCCAGUCCAAAAACCACGAAAGAGACCGGUACUGACCACGCUGUUCUCCCAAACGUCUUGUACCGUAUCUCCGUUGUUUAGUCCCACACACGCAAAGUCACCACCAGCGGCCAAACCGCGGUCUACCGGCAGCAUGCUCUUUUCAAGGCCAGACGACUCUUCGUACUCCUCACUCACACAGGAUGUCCCAUCGUCACCCGCUUAUCUCCAACGACCAAACAGUGACCAUGUCAUCACAUAUCCGGCCAGCAUGUCACCCAGGUUUCAAUUCCUGAAGCCCCAAAACAAGGGUUGGGAGGACAUUAAGCGUAGUUCUAACCGCUCCUCAACUAUCACCGCCCCAUUGCCUACGCCGACACUUCAGUACUUCACUCCACCCCACGCAGAUGCUUCUCCCCCAGCACCUCUAAAGAAACGUUCGUUUCUCAAUCUUGGCCGCAACACACCCUUGACCGCCGACCGCCAAGCGAUGUCAUCACAGAACCCGUACUCUACACUUGCAUUUAAUGCAAGCUUUACGUACAACAACUCAAAUGCGAGUUUCGAAGGCCCAAGAAUGAGUCUGUUCGCCAAGCUUCACGGCAUGAAUGAGGAGCAAGGGAGUUUGAAGAAGAAGACCGGGGUAGCAUUGGUAUAUAGGGGCUCGGUGGAAGCGAAGAAGGAGAUGGCACCAAAGUGGUCUCCCGAUGCGAUGGGCAGUAAGUUUUGA